AUGCCACUCGCUAGAGAUUUAUUGCAUCCCGAUCCACAAAAAGAACGCGAACGAUGUAAACUAAAAAGAUUAGUUCAACAUCCGAAUUCAUUUUUUAUGGAUGUAAAAUGUCCAGGUUGCUAUAAAAUUACUACAGUUUUCAGUCAUGCACAAUCAGUUGUAGUUUGCGUAGGCUGUAAUACAGUAUUAUGUCAGCCGACGGGAGGUAAAGCACAUCUAACUGAAGGAUGUUCUUUCCGGAAGAAACAACUUUGA